GUAACUCUGGUUCUGGGCUUCACGCAGGCUUUCGCAACUCUUAGGCAGGCAAGAGGCCACUGCACUCCGCAUUGUGGCCAUAAACCCCUUUCCUACCUGAGCAGAGCGAGACGGGGAGGCGAGCCGGGUCCCACCAUGGUCGCGAAUUAUUCUAAUACAAGUAACAGAAGAGAACAUGUCAAAAUUACGACUGAUCCCCAGCCGGGCUUCCUGGAGCGGCUGAGUGAGACCUCGGGUGGGAUGUUUGUGGGUCUCAUGACCUUUCUACUCUCCUUCUACUUAAUUUUUACCAAUGAGGGCCGUGCGUUGAAGACGGCAACCACCCUGGCUGAGGGGCUCUCACUUGUGGUGUCCCCCGACAGCAUCCAUAGUGUGGCUCCGGAGAACGAGGGGAGGUUGGUGCAUAUCACUGGGGCCCUGCGGACAUCCAAGCUUUUGUCUGAUCCAAACUAUGGGGUCCAUAUUCCAGCUGUGAAGCUGCGGCGGCACGUGGAGAUGUACCAGUGGGUAGAAACCGAGGAGUCCAGGGAGUAUACCGAGGACGGGCAGGUGAAAACAGAGAGGAAAUAUUCCUACAACACUGAAUGGAGGUCGGAAAUAGUCAACAGCAGAAACUUCGAUCGAGAGAUUGGCCACAAAAACCCUAGUGCAAUGGCAGUGGAGUCAUUCACGGCAACAGCUCCCUUUGUCCAAAUUGGCAGGUUUUUCCUCUCGGCAGGCCUCAUCGAUAAAGUUGACAACUUCAAGCCACUGAGUCUGUCCAAGCUGGAGGACCCACACGUGGACAUCAUUCGCCGGGGAGACUAUUUCUACCACAGUGAAAACCCCAAAUAUCCGGAGGUCGGAGACCUGCGAGUGUCCUUUUCCUAUUCGGGGCUGAGCAGUGACGACCCUGACCUGGGCCCAGCUCAUGUGGUCACUGUGAUUGCCCGGCAGCGGGGUGACCAACUAGUUCCGUAUUCCACUAAGUCUGGGGACACCUUACUUCUCCUGCACCAUGGGGACUUCUCACCAGAGGAGGUGUUUCUUAGAGAACAAAAGAGCAACUCUAUGAAGACAUGGGGCCUGCGGGCUGCUGGCUGGAUGGCCAUGUUUAUGGGCCUCAACCUCAUGACGCGGAUCCUCUAUACCCUGGUGGACUGGUUUCCUGUCUUCCGAGAUCUGGUCAACAUUGGCCUGAAGGCCUUUGCCUUCUGCGUGGCCACCUCAUUGACCCUGCUGACCGUGGCUGCUGGCUGGCUCUUCUAUCGGCCCCUGUGGGCCCUCUUCAUUGCCUGCCUGGCCCUGGUGCCCAUCAUCAUUGCCCGGACACGGGUGCCAGCCAAAAAGCUGGAGUGAAACUGGCCCUGGCAUCCACCUGACACCCAUUUGAGCUUCAGGAUCCAGGUCACGCCCCCACCCCUGACCCUGCUCCACACCAGAGCAUGGGCCCGCAUUGGUUUUGGAUUCUGCACCUGCUCCACUCUUCAAGGGGCCAGACUUGGCAGUGUGCACUUAUGUCGGGUUUGGUGUUCAUGUUAACGUCUCUCCACCCCUUUUCUUGUCAGUGAGCAGCUUUGAUGGGCAGAGGCAGCACUUACCUGGCAGUAUGACAAGCAUUCUCCUACUUGUUUCCUUCCCUUUUCUUGGGACUGUGUGUGGCUGGUUCGCAUGCUUCACUUAGCUGAUGUCUUCAGAUGUCAAGGAGGUGACAUUCAAGAGACCUGCUGCCUUACCCCGUCCUGCCCCUCAUCCUUCGAGAGGAAUGCCAGGGCUCUGCCACAACCACUAGCUGUGCCCUUGAUACUAAAAGGCCACCUUCAUCGGUUGUCUCUAAUCGGUACUGGAUUGCCAAGACACACUAAGCCCAUACCCUGCAAAGCAGCGGCACCAUAAACCAUUUGUGGAUGUAACAAUUGAUUUGAGACUUCAAAAAGAGAAAAUCUACUGGACAUGAGGGAAAUUGGACUUUUUUGGGCUUUACACUCUUUUUAUGGUUUGGCAGAUGAUUUUUAGUGUGUAGAUCUCCAAAGGCCUGAGUUGUUGUUGGCUUCACUUCACGUGAACCCUCCUACCAUAAGAGGGAAUUCUUUGAAAUAAGAUUUAAAAAGCAAAACAGAAAACCUCCUAAAUGACUAACAUUUCAGACUGUUACAGAAAAAGAUACCCUUUAAUCUGUUAGUUGAAGUUAAUUCUGAGCACAGAUGUGUUAAAUGGGGCUCACUAACCUGGUUUAAAAAAAAAAGUACCACUGUCAGUAUUCUGGGUCACUGGGAAGCUUUAAGAUGCUUUUGAAACAAGUGUUAGAAAAGGAUUUGUUUUCCCUCUGGGAGGAGUUGGGGAAUCUCUACAGAGUAAAGCAUUUCCUUUUUAGUCCUCUGGCAUCAGACACUAUCUAUGUACUUGAAGAGUUUUGAGUUUUUAGCCAACCAUUCAAGGAAAAGGUUGGAAGCUUCAUUAUCUGGUGCUCCUUCAUAGUGACCCCCCCCCCCCCCAAGCCAAAAUCAAGACUUAGAGGCCUCAGGCUUGCUAUAGAUUUGAAUGCUCUUGUCUAGCCUCAUUCCCUUCAUCGUGGGAGUACUUUUGACAGGUGGCCGGGCCUCCAGUGGCUGCUUCUAUGAUUUGUUUUAUCUGCUAAGUGUCUACUACUUUGCUCCUCCAAAAUAAAAUCUACCCAAGCUUAAUCCACAUAUUUCCUAAGUUUCUCAACUACUCUCACACCAUUUGAAAGAAAGUAUGUCGUAACCUUGAUGUCCUAGAAGAUUCUUUGUGUAUCUUUUAUCUUUUCACUACUUGGAAACUGUUCUGCCUUGCUGGGAGUGGCUGCUUUAGCAAGUAUUUGGUAGUUGAAUAGGGGGUCAGAACUUCUGAAAAUAGUGAUCUAAUAGUCUCUCCCUUAGUCCUGUUAUAUCUGUGUUACAAAGACAUUCUUCAUGGUAAAGACAGCUGGCCUCAGAGAUGACUUAUGAGUUUUAGGACUGAAAUAGUUCACUGCUAUUCAUCAUGAGCAGUUUCAGUGAUUCUCUAACCUUCAAAGGAUGCUUUUGGAAAAUACAGUACAGUAAACCCUUGAUUUAACGAACUUUGGAUUUAACAGGCAAAAUUUCCAGUCUGUAUAUCAUGUGACAAUUAACACCCUGUUAAUUUGCUUAUAAUUAAAUCAACAAGUUGUUUUUUAUUCAGUUAUUUUUAACAGAUUUUAGCAAAUAGGCCAUAUGUUGGAAAAAACAUUGGUAAUUUUGCUGAUAUUAAUCAGUACAACAUACCUAUAACCAUAGUCUACAUGUUUAAAUCCAAGAGUCACUGCCUGUAAAUGUUCAGCGAAUGAUUAGCAUGUUAUCACACCACAUCACUUUCAGUAAUUGGUUCUGGUGUCCCAACGUAUGCCAGCUAAUGUUCUGACAGCUAAUAGAAAUUCUGACGUGCGCCACGCCUCGCCCUAGCUGUGUGCAUUUACUUGCGGUGAUUGGUGAAUAUAUGCAUUUACUAGGCCUAUUCAGUAUAGAUUUAAAAUUACAGUAAUACAUAUAGAAAACUUUUCUGUGACAUUAAACUUUUCAAACAU